AUGGCCGGCUCCCACCCAUGGCCUCAGGCCGCCGUCGGGAACAGACAUCACACUGACGCUGCAGUCGUCAUUAUCGGAGCCGGCAUCUCUGGAAUGUGCAUGGCCAUUGACCUGAUCAAACGGAACCAGUGCCACAACUUCAUCAUUGUAGAGAAGAGCUCCAGCUUCGGCGGCACAUGGCAUGACUCGACAAACCGAUGGACCGUCGACGUCAAGGUACUGGGCGGCAAGGAUGCAGAAUUUAGCCCUGCAUACACCAUCGAGUGCGAUUUCCUAGUCUCGGCAGUCGGCCAGCUCAAUCAACCUCGAUACCCCGAGAUUGAAGGCCUCGGCGACUUCAAGGGAAAAAUCAUGCAUUCGGCAAGGUGGGACUGGAGCUACAGUCUCCAAGAAAAGAGUGUUGGGGUUAUUGGAAACGGCGCAACAGCCGCCCAAAUUAUACCCGACAUUCUGCCCCAGACGUCGUCCCUGACAAUCUACCAGCGAUCCCCAAAUUGGCUUAUCCCACGCCUUGACGGCCCCGUCAGUCCGCUCAAACGUGCCGUCCUGCGCUACCUUCCGCCUGUCCGGUGGCGCAUCCGCAGCGCCAUGAUGGACUUUCGCGAAUCCUUUUACGAUGCUGUCAUUGAUGGCCAGAGCGAUUUUGCCAAACUAAUCCGCACCAGCACUGUGGAUAUGUUGAAGGCGCAGCUCCCGAAUCGGCCUGAUCUCUGGGAGCAACUGACUCCUGAUUACAACCCGGGCUGCAAACGCGUCAUCAUAUCUGACGACUACUACCCGGCUCUGGCAGACCCAAGAACGCAGCUUGAAACGACCAAGAUUAAGAGAAUCACUGAAUCGGGUAUUGAAAUGGAAGACGGCACACACCACGUCCACGACACCAUUGUGCUCGCAACCGGCUUUCGAACGGUUGAAUUUCUCCACCCAAUCCGUAUUACAGGCACUCAGAACCGCAGCCUCUCAGAUGUGUGGGCUGCCAAUGGCGGAGCCUCUGCUCUCUACGGCACCGUUGUGCCUUGCCUCCCAAACUUUGGCAUGUUCUAUGGCCCCAACACCAACCUCGGCCACAAUUCCAUCAUCCUCAUGAUUGAAGCUCAAUCCCGCCAUCUCAACACUCUCGUGUCUGCUGUUCUCGACGCCCGAGCACGCGGCACGAGAAUCGGCCUUGUUCCCAAAGAGCAGCGUACAAAAGAGUACAACGACGAGAUGCAGAAGAUACUCAUGGAUAGCUCGUUUGCCGAUCCAAAGUGCAAUAGCUGUUACAAGAACAAGCAGGGCAAGAUUACGAAUAAUUGGUCGGGCACCGUCAUCGAGUACCAAGAGAUGCUGAGCAAAGUCGACUGGGACGACUUUGAAACCAUAGCCGGACCAAACAUGGCUCAUGAUACAGAGGAGGAGCAGACUGCCAACAAGGCUAUCAGCGCUAGCAAAGUCGUGUUUGGAACAGGCAAGCAAAAGACGCAGAUUGGAAGGGUACACGAGGAAACCCUCGUUAGCAAUACCACGUUGGUGCUGGGCACGCUGGGUGCGGCUGCUGCUGCUGCUGCUGCUGCUGCGGCAUGGAUCUACCGCGCCAAGUUACCCAAGCGAUUGCAAAUCAAGACAUGA